GGUCACCUGUGAGUUCCUGGAAGUUCUGCCAGCCCUUAACCCGGCCGGACCCGACCGACCCUAUCCUCGCCCGACCCACCAUGGGCCCUCCGUGCCGCAGCCUCUCCGCGCUCUUGCUGCUGCUGCAGGUCUCACCGUGGCUCUGCCAGGAGCCGGAGCCCUGUCAUCCCGGCUUUGGCGCCCAGAGCUACACGUUCACUGUGCCCCGGCGGCACUUGGAGAGAGGCCGAGUCCUGGGCAGAGUGAGUUUUGAAGGAUGUACCGGUCAACCAAGGACCAUCUAUGUUUCUGAUGACACCAGAUUCAAAGUGGGCACGGAUGGUGUGCUUACGGUCAAACGGCCUUUACAACUACAUCAUCCAGAGAUGAGUUUUCUUGUUCAUGCCUGGGACUCCACCCGCAGGAAGCUCUCCACCAAAGUGACACUGAAGGCAGCAGUGAGCGACCACCAUCGCCAUCGUCAUCGUGACUCUCUCCCUGAAAUCCAGGCAGAAGCGCUCACCUUUCCUGAAUCCCACCAUGGUCUCAGAAGACAGAAGAGAGACUGGGUUAUUCCUCCUAUCAGCUGCCCAGAAAAUGAGAAAGGCCCAUUUCCUAAGAAUCUGGUUCAGAUCAAAUCUAACAGGGACAAAGAAACUCAAGUUUUCUACAGCAUCACUGGCCAAGGAGCUGAUGCACCCCCUGUUGGUGUGUUUAUUAUUGAAAGAGAAACAGGAUGGCUAAAGGUGACGCAGCCUCUGGAUAGAGAAGCAAUUGCCAAGUACAUACUCUUCUCUCAUGCUGUGUCUUCAAAUGGGAAUGCGAUUGAGGAUCCAAUGGAGAUUGUGAUCACAGUGACAGACCAGAAUGACAACAGACCCGAAUUCACUCAGGCUGUCUUUGAGGGUUCUGUCAUGGAAGGUGCUCUCCCAGGAACCUCCGUGAUGCAGGUCACAGCUACAGACGCGGAUGACGAAGUGAACACCUACAACGCCGCUAUCGCUUAUGCCAUCGACAGCCAAGACCCUAUGCUGCCUCAUGACCACAUGUUCACCAUCAACAGGGACACAGGAGUCAUCAGUGUGCUCACCACUGGGCUGGACCGUGAGAAUUAUCCCACCUAUACCCUGGUGGUUCAUGCUGCUGACCUUCAAGGUGAUGGCUUAAGCACAACUGCAAAAGCUGUGAUCACGGUCAAUGACAUCAAUGACAACCCUCCCAUCUUUGACCCAACCAUGUACCAGGGGCAGGUUCCUGAGAAUGAGGCUGAUGUCAUAAUUGCUACGCUCAAAGUGACUGAUGCUGACGUCCCCAAUACCCCGGCAUGGAGGGCCAUGUACACCGUAUUAAAUGAUGAGGAGCAAUUUGUUGUCACCACAGACCCAGUAACCAACGAUGGCAUUUUGAAAACAGCUAAGGGCUUAGAUUUUGAGGCCAAGCAGCAGUACAUUCUCUACAUAGCAGUAAAGAAUGAGGCCCCCUUUGAGGUCACUCUGUCCACUUCCACGGCCACUGUCACCGUGGAUGUGCUGGAUGUGAAUGAAGCCCCCAUCUUCAUGCCUCUUCAAAAGAGAGUGGAGGUGCCUGAAGACUUUCCAGUGGGACAGGAAAUCACAUCCUACACUGCCCAGGAUCCAGACACAUUCAUGGACCAGAAGAUAACGUAUCGGAUUUGGAGGGAUAUUGCCAACUGGCUGGAAAUUAAUCCGGAAACUGGUGCCAUUUCCACUCGGGCUGAGAUGGACAGAGAAGAUUUUGAGCAUGUGAAGAAUAGUACAUACACCGCCCUCAUUAUAGCUACUGACAAUGGUUCACCACUUGCUACUGGAACGGGAACCCUUCUCCUAAUCCUCUCUGAUGUGAAUGACAAUGCCCCCGUACCAGAACCUCGAAAUGUGGAAUUCUGCCAGAGGAAUCCACAGCCUCAUAUCAUCAACAUCAUUGAUCCAGAUCUUCCCCCCAACACAUCUCCUUUCAGAGCAGAACUAACACAUGGGGCAAGUGUCAACUGGACCAUUGAGUACAAUGACCCAGAACACGAAUCUCUCCUUUUGAAACCAAAGAAAACCUUAGAGUUGGGUGACUACAAAAUAAACCUCAGACUCGAAGAUUACCAGAACAAAGAUCAGGUGACUACCUUAGAAGUGUUUGUGUGUGACUGUGAAGGGCCCGUCGGCAGCUGUAAGAGGAACGCGGCUUUUGCUGAAGCAGGAUUGCAGGUUCCUGCCAUCCUGGGGAUUCUUGGAGGCAUCCUUGCUUUGCUAAUCCUGAUUCUGCUGCUUCUACUGUUUGUUCGGAGGAGACGGGUGGUCAAAGAGCCCUUACUGCCCCCAGAAGAUGACACCCGGGACAAUGUUUAUUACUAUGAUGAAGAAGGAGGUGGAGAAGAGGACCAGGAUUUUGACUUGAGCCAGUUGCACAGGGGCCUGGAUGCUCGGCCCGAAGUGACUCGCAAUGAUGUGGCACCAACCCUCCUGAGUCUGCCCCAGUAUCGGCCCCGCCCUGCCAAUCCUGAUGAAAUUGGAAACUUUAUUGAUGAAAAUUUGAAGGCGGCUGAUAGUGACCCCACUGCUCCCCCGUACGACUCUCUGCUCGUGUUUGAUUAUGAAGGAAGUGGUUCCGAAGCUGCUAGUCUGAGCUCCCUGAACUCCUCGGAGUCAGACCAAGACCAGGACUAUGACUACCUAAAUGAAUGGGGCAAUCGCUUCAAGAAGCUGGCAGAUAUGUACGGAGGUGGUGUGGAUGACUAGGGAACUCAAGACAGAUGAGAAGAGAGAUGGGUCCCUAUACUCAUGUGAUGGGAAAUGUAGGAAUACUUUUUCUGGUGGUCUUUCAGCUCCCUUCACUUAGGAUGAAUUUCUGGGGAAGAGAGACUGUGAUCGGUGAUGCAGUUAGGAUAGUUAUAAUUUCUACUUUAUAGAUCUAAUCUGUGUGUAGUAGAAAGAUUUUGACUUAUUCCUUGAAUCCUUUUUUUCUUUCAUCACUCUUUAUAAGCCUGCAAUUUGCAGCUUAUCUUAAGGCUUUUGUCUUAUUUUUUAAAGGAAGGGGAGGGGUCAAUUGCCCUAUU